CUUCUGCAAAACAGACUUUUUCCAGACAGUGCCAAACACAGCGUGAAAGUGAUCUUAGUGGUUGGGAAGAUAGCAGACAGCAGCUCAUCUGUAUUAAUAUUACCUGUUUGUCUCCCAGACAGUAAAAACAAAGAUCAAUGAUGAACAUAACUGAACUUGUAACCGCAUUCACUACGCCAACUCCAGAAUUUGUGGCCGCCUUUACUUCGUCAGCUCCAGAAUGGGAUUAUGACAAUGAAUCUUCUACGCCUACAGGUGACUAUGAAGAUGAUGCAACAUUGUGUGACAAGGCAGCAGUUAGACAGUUCCGAAUGUUCUAUGAGCCUGCUUUCUAUUGGAUCAUUGUGAUUCUGGGAGCCAUUGGCAACUCAAUGGUGGUCUGGAUAUACACACACUUUCAGAACCGUCUGAAGGCUAUGACGGAUGUGUAUCUUCUGAACCUGGCUCUGGCAGACCUGUUCUUCCUGUGCACUCUGCCCUUCUGGGCUGCUGACUCCAUCUACGGCUGGACCUUUGGCUCGACCCUCUGCAAAAUCGUUUCUGCCAUAUACAAGACCAACUUUUUCAGCAGCAUGUUUCUGCUUACCUGCAUCAGCGUUGACCGCUACAUAGUAAUCGUCCAGACUACCAAGGCACAGAACUCCAAAAGGGUUCGUCUUUUGUACAGCAAACUCAUAUGUGUUUUGGUCUGGCUCCUGGCUAUUUUGUUGGCAAUCCCAGAGUUUAUCUUUGCCCGCUCCAAAGAGGACAUAGAGGGCAAUCAUUUUUGCUCCAUGGUUUACUGGAACAAUGAAAACAAUCGUACCAAAAUCCUGGUCCUGGCUCUUCAAAUCUGCAUGGGCUUUUGCAUUCCUCUCAUCGUGAUGAUCUUCUGCUACACCAUUAUCAUCCGCACCUUGCUCAGGACCAAAAACUUUCAGAAGCACAAGGCCCUGCGUGUCAUUCUGGUCGUUGUGGCUGUGUUUGUCCUCUCUCAGCUCCCAUACAACAGCAUGUUAGUCUUUGAAGCCACUCAGGCAGCCAAUACAACCAUCACAGACUGUGAAGAGGUCCAGCGCUUUGAUAUUGCCAACCAAGUCAUGAAGAGUCUUGCCUACAUGCACAGCUGCCUAAACCCGUUCCUUUAUGCAUUCAUUGGAGUGCGUUUCCGAAAGGACAUGCUUCGUAUUUUCAAUAACUAUGGCUGUCUUCCUUCCCUCAAGAAGUCCAAGCUGCAGGGAAGCCUGCACCGCUCCUCUGUGUUGUCAGACACAGAGACCACCAAUGCUCUCUCAUUGUGAAUGGUCUCAGAACACUCUCAGUGAGGCUGGCUUAGCAUAUGCUCCAGUUUUUCUGCAUGUACUUGGCAUCUGAAUUUCAGAACAGAAGUUUGAGGUUGGCCAUAGUUCCACAGGAGCACUUAACAUGCUCGGAAACAUUGUCUUGUAGAUAGUGAAAUAACCUGUUCACCACAAUGUGAUGGCUGCAACCUUGAAUAUGGAAUGACAGAGUUCUCUUUGUUUGACUGGGCUGUUAAUAUGAAUGUUGAUACCAGAUCAAGUAAUUGUGCAGUGUGUGAAUAAAUUAACACUGUUUCCCCAGGGAGAGUGUGUGGUUACUGAUUUGCUCACUUAACUGUAACAGUACUUUCCAUCUCUUGUUCAGCAUUAAUUAAUAGAUAAACCAUUUUCCAGUUUAUCUACAUGUUGUAUAACAAUAUAAUAUGUCAUGUAUGAGCACUGAAUUUCUGAAUAUAUAUGUUUUUCUUCUAAACAAUGUUAGGAAUGUUUAUGAAAGGUAUUAUAUGAUAUUUUUUGUGUGUAUUUUUUUUAAUUUUUUCAUAGCUGCACAUUUAUAAUUGUGAAUGUUUUAUUUUUUUACUUAAAGCCAGUUUUGAACAUCCAUGGUUUUCUUUGUGUUGGUACUUUUUGGUGUGAUGUGAAAAAAAAGCAGUGUGAACAAGUAUUUGCUGCUCAUUUUGUAAAACUUAAAACAAAAUAUUAAAUACUUAACCUGA